GGCCGGUGGACCUAUGGAGUUGACCAGGGUGGGAGAAUCUUCUUCAUCAACGAUGAGGAAAAGUCAACCAGUUGGGUGCAUCCUGGUACGAAAUCACCCAUCCAGAGCGGACACUGCUCCAGCCCAGACUUGCCCAAGGGCUGGGAGAUGGAUUCCACCCACAAAGGAGCUGUGUAUUUCAUCAACCACAAUGAAAGACGGAACACAUUUUUACACCCAGUGACCGGCCGGGUCCCAGAGGAAAACAAAAAAUUUGACUUGAAAAUAUCAGCGUUGGACAUGUCCAAUAAAGCAGGUGGGAAACGCCCGACUACCACCAACAGUGACGUAUCCAACCACAACAUGGUGUCUGAGGUCCCUCCAGAGCGGCCCAGCGUCCGGGCCAACCGGACAUCCCGCAAGGCCAUUGCCUUUGGCAAACGCUCACACUCCAUGAAGCGAAACCCCAAUGCACCUGUCACCAAGGCAGGCUGGCUCUUCAAACAGGCCAGCUCUGGCGUCAAGCAGUGGAACAAGCGCUGGUUCGUCCUGGUGGAUCGCUGCCUCUUCUACUAUAAAGAUGAGAAGGAGGAGAGCAUCCUGGGCAGCAUCCCCCUCCUAAGCUUCCGGGUGGCUGCCGUGCAGCCCUCAGACAACAUCAGCCGAAAACACACCUUUAAGGUGACUGUGUGCUGGGUGGACGAGACCGGGGCCAGUUCCACGCACUGCCUCUCCCCACAGGCCGAGCAUGCUGGGGUUCGCACCUACUUCUUCAGUGCUGAGAGCCCUGAGGAGCAGGAGGCCUGGAUUCAGGCCAUGGGGGAGGCAGCCCGAGUGCAGAUCCCCCCAGCCCAGAAGUCGGUGCCCCAAGCUGUGCGUCACAACCACGAGAAGCCAGAUUCAGAAAACAUCCCACCCAGCAAACACCACCAGCAGCCACCUCACAACAGCCUCCCCAAGCCUGAGCCAGAGGCCAAGACUCGAGGGGAGGGGGAUGGCCGAGGCUGUGAGAAGGCAGAGAGGAGGCCUGAGAGGCCCGAAGUCCAGGGCGAGCCUCUGGUGAAAGUCAACGGCAUCCAAGCUGGACCGGAACCAGCCUCAGAGCCAGGCAGCCCUUACCCUGAGGGCCCACGGGUCCCAGGGGGCAGGGAGCAGCCCACCCAGCCCAACGGCUGGCAGUACAGCUCCCCAAGUCGCCCGGGGAGCACAGCUUUCCCUCCUCAGGACUCAGGGAGUGGGGGACACCGGCCAAGCUUCUCCCAGCAUGCCAACCCCGACAAGAUUGCCCAGCGCAAGAGCUCCAUGAACCAGCUUCAGCAGUGGGUGAACCUGCGUCGGGGGGUGCCCCCACCUGAAGACCUUCGGAGCCCCUCUAGGUUCUACCCUAUGUCCCGCAGGGCCCCUGAGUAUUACAGCCCCUACUCCUCCCAGUACCCUGACGAUUACCAGUACUACCCACCAGGGGUGCGGCCAGACAGCAUCUGCUCCAUGCCUGCCUAUGAUCGGAUCAGCUCGUCCUGGGCCCUGGAGGACAAGCGCCACUCCUUCCGCAACGGGUGUGGAUGGAAGGAGCCUGCCGGCUACGGACGGCAGGAUGGCACCGUCUGGAUCCCCAGCCCCUCCCGGCAGCCCGUCUAUUACGAUGAGCUGGAUGCCGCCUCUGGCUCCCUACGCCGCCUGUCCUUGCGGUCCCACUCGGUGCCCCGCUCGCCCAGCCAGGGCUCCUACGGCCGCACCCGCAUUUACUCCCCGGUCCGCUCACCCAGUGCCCGUUUUGAGCGGGUACCAGCUCGCAGUGAGGACAUCUAUGCUGAUCCCACUGCCUACGUGAUGAGGCGAUCCAUCAGCUCUCCCAAGUAUGAUUACCUGGGAGACAGGCGGCCAGUCCCUGCAGGACUGUACCCCUACAACUACCCACCACCCCCCACGGUCCACGAUAAGAUGGUCCCUCCGUACCCAGAAGUGUUCCGGGACAGCCUCCACACCUACAAGUUAAACGAGCAAGAUACAGAUAAGUUGCUGGGCAAGUUGUGUGAGCAGAACAAGGUGGUGAGGGAGCAGGACCGGCUGGUGCAGCAGCUCCGUGCUGAGAAGGAGAGCCUGGAAAGUGCCUUGAUGGGAACCCACCAGGAGCUGGAGAUGUUCGGAAGCCAGCCUGCUUACCCAGAGAAGCUGCUGCACAAGAAGGAGUCGCUGCAGAACCAGCUCAUCCACAUCCGGGUGGAGCUGUCUCAGGCCACAACGGCCCUGACCAACAGCACCGCGGAGUAUGAGAGCCUUGAGUCGGAGGUCUCUGCCCUGCACGACGACCUCUGGGAACAGCUCAGUUUGGGCAACCAGAACGAGGUGCUCAACCGGCAGAUCCAGAGGGAGAUCUGGAGGAUCCAGGAUGUGAUGGAGGGGCUCAGGAAGAAUAACCCGUCUCGGGGCACAGAUACGGCCAAGCACAGAGGAGGACUUGGCCCCUCGGCCACCUACAGCUCCAACAGCCCCGCCAGCCCUCUCAGCUCCGCCAGCCUCACCAGCCCCCUGAGCCCCUUUUCACUGGUGUCUGGCUCUCAAGGGUCCCCCACCAAGUCUGGGUCCAAUGAGCCCAAGGCCAGCUAUGAGCCAAGCAAAAGAGAGCCCCACCAGACACUACCCCUGGACACCUCGAGAGACAUCAGCCUUGUGCCUACCAGGCAAGAGGUGGAGGUAGAGAAGCAGGCAGCUCUCAACAAAGUUGGCAUCGUGCCCCCACGGACGAAGUCACCCACCGAUGAAGACGUGCCCCCGUCAACGGUGGUGAGGAGGAAUGCUAACAGGCUCACUAAUGGACUCUCCGCCCAGCAGGAGCGCCCCAAGAGCGCUGUGUUCCCUGGCGAGGGCAAGGUCAAAAUGAGCGUGGAGGAGCAGAUUGACCGCAUGCGGCGGCACCAGAGCGGCUCCAUGAAGGAGAAGCGGAGAAGCCUGCAGCUCCCAGCCAGCCCGGCCCCCGACCCCAGCCCCCGGCCAGCCUACAAAGUAGUGCGCCGUCACCGCAGCGUCCAUGAAGUGGACAUCUCCAACCUAGAGGCGGCCCUGCGGGCAGAGGAGCCUGGCGGGCAGGCCUACGAGACGCCCAGGGAGGAGAUUGCCCGGCUCCGCAAGAUGGAGCUAGAGCCCCAGCACUAUGACGUGGACAUCAAUAAGGAGCUCUCCACCCCAGACAAAGUCCUCAUCCCUGAGCGGUACAUCGACCUGGAGCCUGACACUCCCCUGAGCCCUGAGGAGUUGAAGGAGAAGCAGAAGAAGGUGGAGAGGAUCAAGACGCUCAUUGCCAAGUCCAGUAUGCAGAACGUGGUGCCUGUCGGCGAGGGGGACCUUGUGGACGUGCCCCAGGACUCAGAGAGCCAGCUGCAGGAGCAGGAGAAGCGGAUUGAAAUCUCCUGUGCCCUGGCGACCGAGGCCUCCCGCAGGGGCCGCAUGCUGUCUGUGCAAUGUGCCACCCCAAGCCCUCCCACCUCCCCUGCUUCCCCGACUUCACCAGCCAACCCCCUAUCGUCUGAAUCCCCACGGGGCACCGACAGCAGCCAUACCAUGCAGGUCUGAGCUCUGACUGCAAGCCCUGGCUGCCGCCAAUGCUGUGAAGCCCCACAGAGCCACCUGCUGAAGCCCUCCUCUGCCCUCCUGCGGUCCUGGCCCCACCCCGCCCCAGCCCCUGUGCAUCGUGGGAAAACUGCCAGCAGCCAGGCCGGGGGCCAGGGUUACUGCCGACAGCAGUAGUACUUCAGUGUCCACACACCCACCACGCCUGGCCCUGAACCUCUCACUACUCAGAUGGUGGUCCUCAGCCAGGGCUUGCGACGGUGGGGUAGGGAGCCGCCUGUCUGAUGCCCAAGUCACAGGGAGCCUGGGCCUGACUCUGACUGGGUUGCGAUGGCCCUACAAGAACGUUCCCUGAUGGAGAAUACACCCUGGCGGGAAAGAAGCUCUGGAACCACCUUAGGUCAGGACUAGAGGUGAAGAGAAGGUGAACACUCUGCCUCUUCUGGCCCUUCUUGACAGCAAUGGCAGUACCUGCCAUCACCCCCUUCCCCCUCACCCCUGCCCUACUGCCCCAGCUGUACCCAGGGCUUUGACGCACCUCUGCUUAUGGGUGCUCCUUUGCAGUCCAGUGGAGACAAACCACCCUGCUUGAGCCAAAGACAAGGUGCCAAGAGAUGGGGAGAGGUCCCUUGGCUCCCAGAGGGGACAGUGCAGGCUGGGAAAGAGAGCAGUAGGUCCGUGCAGUGUCUGGGGGAGGUUGGAGAGGGGUAGGAGAGGGGAAGGGAGAGGUCCUAGGGAAGGGAGGGAAGGAAGCAGCAGGAUUCAUUCGCAAGUGAGAGGGCAGAGAUGGAAAGGGAGAUGGGAAUGGUUUCCUGAGGGGAGCCUCAGCUUGGUGCCAAGCACGGCGCCAGGCCGUCAGCUCGGCCGUUCCCACCGCAGGCUCGGCCGGCCUGCCAGCGCAGUGGCCCCAGGAGGCCCCACCAGCAAGCACACGGCGGCCUUCAGCUGAAGUGCUUGGCAGGGGCCGGGUGGGUUGGGAAUGAGGGGCCUCAGCGGGAUGGCCUGGGACACACAUGGCCCUUUGUAGGUCUGGGCCUGGUUUCUGCCUCCACUACUGGCCUCGGGGGCAGAGAGAAGGACCUGUCUUACGCAGGGUGUGGUCAGCUUCGGGACCUCUCCUAACCAUUUUUGUGACAUUUUCUGGAAUGUGCCGUGGGCCAGCUGAGAGUGUGCCCAGUGAGAGGAAAUGCAGUCUCUACCUGGGAGGCCAGAUUCUAGGCCCCACAUCCUGGGCAUCCCAGAGGAGGGCCGGCUGAGGCUGUACCAAAGAUCCCCUUCUAGCUUGGCUCUUUUGGGAUCCACCCACCGAGGGAGACCAGUGGGGGAGAGACAGAAGCAAACUCAUUUUACCUCUGCUUCACCUGCCUUGAGAUGAGUGUAGCCAGAGACGGGGGAGGGGAGAGAGUGCAAUGGAACAGCCUUUGUCCCUAAGCCUUCUCUUUGCUUGAGUUGCUGCCCUGAGACUCCAGCCUGACCUCCGGUGGCCCCAAGAACAACUGCUUUAUCUUCCACCGAUUCUUCUCCACUCCUCAGGGCGGGGACAGUUACUGGUUUAUAUGCAAGUAAAGCUGGCAGUUCAUUGAACAAAUAUUUAUCAAGCACCUUUUACAUACCAGGCACUGUUCUAGGUGCUUAGGAUAGUCUCCCGCUUCUGAGGGAUUACAGACUGGGGGGAUUCCGCUUGUCUUCACUUCUCGCAGGUUUUUGGCUCUGUUUCUCAUCCCUAGCACAGCUCAAGCACCCCAGACUGUCCUUUCUGCCCCCAAGACUGGCAGGUGGGGCUGGCUCCUAGGUAACCCUCUUCCUUUUUCCCCAUACCUUUCUCCAUAAGAUGCAGAUAUUUCAGGGCCUUCCAUGCCUUCCCCUUCAUUGAUCUUUUUUUUUUUCAAAUGGUAUUUUGAGAAAUGCAUGUAAAAUACCAAGGAUUAAUGUCAAUAUGUCUGUCACCUCUCCAUCACUUCUUAUUUCAUAAAGCUGGCCCUUUAUGUUGCUUUACAUGCCUUAAUAUAUGUUUUAUGAAGAUUAUACAUAUUAUAGAUAUAUAUGUAAUAUAUAUAUAUAUAUAUAUAUAUUUGUUUGGAAGUCUGAUCCUUUCCUAGAACUCCUACGCAGGCUCAUUUUCUUUUUCUUUUACUUUCCAUACCAUUCCUAGCAUGUUGUGCUGUACCCCAUGCCUUUUGAUCCAAAGAAGGGGAGAGAGAGACUUAUUUUAAGACAGAUCGAUUUUAUGCUUUUAUUAUAAAGCAAAUCUAUUUUCAAAUGUGCAAUGUCUGAAUGGAUUUGGUGAAAACGUGAGGGGACUGGGGGGGCUGCCUCUAGGGCCACCACCCCUCCACCCUUCCCUCUUCCCAGCAGCUCCCUCGCCCGCCCCCCAGUCUGCACAAGGCUGGUCCCAGCGCUCCCCCAGAGAGCUUCUUGCCAGGGCGGGACGCUCUCUUGGUCUAAUGAUUUGAUUACUCUGUCCACUCUUGAUGACCCUCUGUGGUUAUCGGAUGUGACUCCUACAGAAGAAAAUGUUUACAGUGUGUGCACAAAGGUACACCUAUGCAGGCACUGAAUCACCCUGCUGGAAAGGGCAGACAGCCUCGUGGCAGCCUGUGCCAAACAGCACCAAGAACGUCAGCCUGUUCCUCUAUGGACCCAGGAUAUGGUGCAAAGACCAAAGGAAAUGGUUUGGGAUUCCUGGUCCUUCAGCACAGACAUAUUCAAGUUCCUUGGACUUCUCACACUCCAUUUCGCUUGACCUCUCUCUGGCCUGGGUCAUGUCUACAGUAUCUGGUUUCCCCUGGCACGUUUCCUCUGGGGCCUGUUGUUAAGGGCCGGGUACCUCGGUCUGGCAUCCAGACUGCAAAGUCAGCUUCGGGGCUCUGAGGAAGGAUCCGCAGACGAUGUCGCAUCUCAGCCUUGGCCACGGACCCCAGGCCUCUUCUCCAACCGGCUGCACCUGGGGUGCCAGACUAAGCCAGCUCAGCCUCCCACACUGCUUAUUAACUGUGAAAGGGGCAAGCGGCUCUUGUCUUUUACAGAUUUGGGAAAGAUGGAAAUCUUUUGUCCAGAUCUGUAUUGGGGGAUUUAGAACCUAGUACAGAGCUCCUGCCCGCAUCAGAAGCCUGGCCUCCCAACUUUUGACACUGGCCCCUGUUGCCAGCCUAUAAAAAAAUGGGGCCUGGAUGGAGGCCCAGAGCUGAGUAACCCACCUGGAUGUAGCCCUGGUUACUAAUUUAGAGCCUUCCCAAUUAGCAUAUUACCUCCCUGAUCAAUAACCAAGAGGCUGCAUUCAAAUAUUGCUACUGUCACUUUAAAGAUUUCCUGAGGUUGCAAGCUGUGCUCACUUGCCAUUCUGCCUUGGUGAGAGGCAUGUUCUUGGGGCAGGGCUGAUUAUAGCAAGAGGAAACCAAUUCCUUUCCCCUUUAGGCACCAUACCCAACCUGGAAGCUCUUAAAACUAAGGAGAAAUAUGAAAUAUACAUAUAUACAUAUAUCUAUUUAUGCACAUAUUGGGGCCAAUUUGAUUUGCUAGUAUUAGACAAUAAACCAUACAAGGAAAUGUAUGGUCUCAGUGUCUUUAUUUAGUAUAAAAGUGACCUUAGAAGAAGAGGUAAGGUUAAAUAAAGAGAGGGCAUCUCUGUCAGGGGACCGAAGAGCUGUAGCAGCCCUUUAGCAUCUUUCUAGCCAUCGAGUCCCCUCCCCCGGGGAGGGGGCAUCCUGACUGAUAGUCUAGUGUCUGGGUCUGUUCUCAGCAGCAUUCUUUUUAGCAGUAGGUACUAAAGAACCCCCGUGAGCUCUGCAUUUGUAUAUUGCAAGUUUGUAUAAACCCAA